AUGUUUAUCUCCGAUUCUCAGAACUUUCCAUGUGAGCUGUAUAAGCAGCCCAUUUUCGGCUGCACGCGACAGGCCUGUACGCGUCAGCGCUCAAUAGAUCAGCUGAUUCGCACAUUCAUUGGCUGUCCUGUUUGGCUAAGCGCAUCAGGCUAUCGAGCGCUCAUUCAGACACGGGUUCACGGCCAAGAGAUAAGUUUUAUAAAUACCCGCAAAGGAGGCACAAUCAAAAUGAAUGUGAUUCUUUGUAAUGUACUACUCAUAAGGUUGCUGAAAAUCCAUGAGCAGUACAUUACAAAGAUAUACAUGUAUCGCGAUAUUUCAAAUAUCGUAGCGACUGAAACAUGA